AGAAGCAGACGCCGUACACCAGCUUUUUUCUCUCCCAUUCAUGUCGCUGGUGUGACGUUAGCAGUCCACACACACGCACAGACAGACACCCACGCUCACAUUCUGACCCGAACACUGAAGUCCUCCACAAAAACCCCUCAGAUUCAUAGGAACGCUCGUAACUUCGCACAGACGCAGCCACCAUGGCGGAAGCUCACCAGGCGGUGGCCUUUCAGUUCACCGUCACUCCGGAUGGCAUCGACUUGCAGCUGUGCCACGAGGCUCUGCGCCAAAUCUACCUCUCUGGUCUUCACUCGUGGAAGAAAAGAUUCAUUCGUUUCAAGAAUGGAGUUAUGACUGGCGUGUACCCAGGAAGCCCUAGUGGCUUCAUGGUUGUGGUCGUGUCUUACAUGUCAUACAAUAAAUACAACCAGUUGGAUCCGUCUCUUGGUUUGAUUUCCAAACUGGGACAACACAUGCCUAUAAGCAAAUAUAUGUGUACAAACAGUCAGCAGAUUGUGGGCGGAGUGCUGGUGGGCACAGGUCUAUGGGUGACCAUAAUCAUGGUAAUGAGGAAUGUCCUCAAGUGCUUGUUGUCGUGGCAUGGAUGGAUGUAUGCAAGCCACGGCUCUGUAUCAUUUUCCACUCGACUGUGGAUGUUGUUAGUAAAGGUGUUCUCUGGAAGGAAACCAAUGCUCUAUAGUUUCCAGAAUUCUUUGCCUCGGCUGCCUGUUCCGUCUGUCCAGGAUACCUGCAUGAGGUACCUGGAGUCAGUCCGGCCACUUAUGGAUGAUGAAAAGUAUGAGCGGAUGAAGAGCUUGGCAAAGGACUUUGAGAUGAAUCUGGGGCCGAGACUGCAGUGGUACGUCAAACUGAAGUCGUGGUGGACCUCAAAUUAUGUCAGUGACUGGUGGGAAGAGUAUAUUUACCUUAGAGGUCGAGGGCCCAUCAUGGUCAACAGCAACUACUAUGCAAUGGAUUUCCUGUAUGUGUUCCCAACCUCCAUUCAGGCUGCCAGAGCAGGUAAUGCCAUUCAUGCAAUCAUGCUCUACAGAAGGAAGCUGGACCGAGCCCAGAUCAAACCGAUAUACUUGCUGGCAAACAAGAUCCCUCUGUGUUCGGCUCAGUGGGAGCGGAUGUUUAACACUACCCGCGUCCCUGGUUUGGAGACAGACAUCCUUCAGCACAUGAAUGACAGCAAACACAUAGCAGUGUACCACAAGGGCCGCUUCUUCAAGGUGUGGAUGUUUUACGACGGGCGGCUGCUUUUGCCGCGAGAGAUCGAGCAGCAGAUGGAGAGAAUCUUGGCUGACAAGUCUGAGCCCAUGCCUGGAGAGGAGAAGCUUGCUGCCCUAACUGCAGGAGAGAGAACCCCGUGGGCACAGAGACGUGACGCCCACUUCAGCCGCGGCAAGAACAAGCAGUCCCUGGAUGCCAUCGAGAAGGCUGCCUUCUUUGUGACUCUCGAUGACACAGAGCAACGUUUCGACCAAAGCAACCCAGUGAAGUCUCUGGAUAGUUACGCCAAGUCCCUGCUCCAUGGAAAGUGCUACGACAGGUGGUUUGAUAAAUCCUUUAAUCUGAUAGUUUUUAAGAAUGGCACCAUGGGUCUGAAUGCAGAGCACUCUUGGGCCGAUGCUCCGAUCAUUGGUCAUCUGUGGGAGCACGUGCUUUCAAUGGAUCCCUUUAAGCUGGGAUAUACUGAUCAAGGGCACUGCUGCGGUGAGCCCCACCCCAACCUGCCUUCACCCCUGAGGCUGCAGUGGGACAUUCCUUCUGAGUGCCAAGAGGCCAUCGAGAACUCGCUGACAGUUGCCACGACACUGGCUAAUGAUGUGGACAGCCACAUUUUCCCUUUCAAUGACUUUGGGAAGGGUCUCAUCAAGAAGUGCCGCACCAGUCCUGAUGCAUUUAUCCAGAUUGCCCUGCAGUUGGCUCAUUACAGGGACAAAGCAAAGUUCUGCCUGACCUACGAAGCCUCCAUGACCCGUUUGUUCCGUGAGGGCCGAACCGAAACGGUCCGCUCUUGCACCUUGGAGACGUGCGCCUUUGUUCAUUCCAUGAUCAGAAAUGAGACCAGAGAAGAACGUCUAAACUUGCUGAAACUUGCAGCAGAGAAGCACCAAAGCAUGUACCGCCUGGCUAUGACGGGCAAGGGAAUCGAUCGCCACCUCUUCUGUCUUUACGUGGUUUCCAAGUACCUGGGAGAAGACUCGGCUUUCCUUAAGGAGGUCCUGUCCGAGCCAUGGAGGCUAUCCACCAGUCAGACACCUCUGCAGCAGGUGGAACUGUUCGACUUGGUCCGACACCCUGAAUAUGUGUCGUCUGGAGGAGGAUUUGGACCAGUGGCGAAUGACGGUUACGGUGUGUCUUACAUCAUCGUCGGGGAAAACCUAAUCAACUUUCACAUCUCCAGCAAACACUCCAGCCCAGAAACGGACUCUCACCGCUUUGGCGCCAACAUCCGACGGGCCAUGUUGGACAUGCUGGACCUUUUCCAGCUCGACAAGAAAGCAUCCAAGUGAUGUCCUAUCUCCUUUUCAACACAAAUUGCUGAUUCUUCCUAAAGCUGUACAGAAUCAAACAUAGGGUUGGAUGAUUUAACUUCAUGUCAUAGAGGGGGUGUAAAAGAAAUUGAAUGAUUGGGAUGUAUUCUUUACAAACCUUGCUUUCAUUUUUAGGUGUGAGGUGUUUGUGUGCGCACUGUAUGCAUAUUGCAACGAUGGAUUGUAGUGGCCGUGCACAGAUCAACGUUUCUAUUUACAGGACUGUGCCUUAGCGACGACCCGCUUGUGUAAAAAGGGCAGAAAAGGGAGGAGAGAUUAGAUUUGACUUUGAUCCGAGCGGUAGCAUAUUUCAAUAUUUAAGGUUUGACGUUGCAAUGUGGUGCAGGAGGAGCUUCUUCUGCUUUUGUGUUUUAAUGUUGCACACGACUCUGCCCUUGGCUCGUCACACUUCAACGGUUGCGAUCUGCUGAUUUUUAUCUUUAAAGGGAAACUUCACUUUUAAAAAAAAUGUUGCCUAUCAUGUACAAUCCUUAUGAGAGACAAGAACACAUAUGUCUUUUUUAAUGCAUUCUAAUUUGUAAAUUAAAGUCCGCUUACAAUGGAGUGAACGGGACGUCCUCUAUCAUAAAACCCAACAAAUAACCAUCCAAAAAGCGCUAACAAUACUCCAUUUACAUUUCAUGACCUUAUGUAUUAGCCAAGUAUUACGUUAAGGACCUAUAUUUAACGGCGGGUUGAUCAGAGAGAUGUGACUUCCAUAUGUUGCUGUAUUGACAUCAGAUGCUUUCUUGCCUCGGAGCUCGUGAACGUUUAUUCCAGAUUAUAAAUCACGCUUCUCACCUGGAUAGUAAAACAAUGUGGACAUAAACAGCCGAUUUAUACCCGGAAAUGGCAGAAAAGACUCGAAAAGACGCUGGUUUGUUUUUUUGUAUCCCUUCAAGAGGAUUAUGAGUCAUGCAUCAUCUAAACUGGAAUAUAACAACAUCUUAACAGUUGGCAUCCGAGUGACAGCCGACAUUGUACAGUAAGUGAUGUUUUAUUAUGAAGUCUGCAGUGAGUAAUAAUCAGUGAUGUUAAAUGAAGAAUUGAACGUUGUGAUGCGUUUUUUUAUUUUUUAUUUAACACGCCGCUGUGUGCUUAAAAUGAGCAAAAUAUGUCAAUAUAACAUUAUGAAUGUGCCUGUUACUACAUAUAUUCUUACAGUGUGUAACAUUGAUGGAAGUGUUUGGAUGUUUUUUUAAGCUCAUAGGCAAAAUUGAGCGACUCCUAUUACCCCGGGACAAGUUAGAAUGCAUAAAAAAAGAAAAGAAAAACAUGUAUUUUUGUCUUCCAUAAGGAUUGUGAACAAUAGGUCAAAUUCCAAAAAGCGUGGUUCCCCUUUUAGCGUUUGAAUACUCCAAAUCAGGUGUUAGGAUUCCUGCAAAUAUCAAGUGAGCCCUGGUGUCCUUUUCUGAUUCGUGCGCACACAUGAAUGUGAUUGUACGGUACAGCGACUAACGUUUGUGUUGUUUCCAUCCUCCGGUUAGACUGACUUGGCGUAAUAUUCUCUCAGCAUGUACAUGUGCAGCAGCCGUGGUAGAAAAUGCAGUACCUUGAUGAGACAUUUGCUAAUGUUGUCCAUGCAUAUUUUUUUAAUCACCCUGCAGGUGUGUUCAUCGCUCCAGCCCAAACACGCCCAUAAAGAGAGGUGCUGUCAUGCAUAGGAAUGCAUUUUAUUAUGUAUAUGUUGUCAGUACGUUUUAUUUAUUUGUAUCUCUAACUUCUUGAGGCGUACAACAAACAGAUUUAGACGAUCUCUUUCCACAUUUAUGCUGACACGGAUCUUUAUUGGCGAUGUGUUUUAGUUGUAUGACUUAUAAGAGUAGACGUCAUGUUUACACUGCUGCAUGGUGUGGUUUUUUUUUCUUUUCUGGAAAUGAUGCUGUAUAUGUUUGCUUCUAAUUUAAGAUUACAGAUGACAAGCAGCUGGCACAAACCGAAAGAGGUUUAACAAUAAAGUGAAUGUCAGACAGCUGUAUGAA